CCUGCCCUUCUGAUUCAAUAGUUUUUUUUUCUCUCUCUGCGAAAACAAACUCUUCCCUGUCAUUCUCUCUCCAAAAAGAGAAAAAGAGGAAAACCCUCCCAAUGCCUCUGGGGAAAUCCUUUCUGUCUCGCAAGAUCUCGAGAUCGUUGAGGGAACCGAAGAGAGCUGCCAUGCCGGCGCGGCUCGGCCUCGACUCGGGGGAGUCGUCGCCGUCGUCCGAGUCGGACCAAGUCGAAGGCAGCUCGUGGUCCUCCAUGCUCCCGGAGUUGCUUGGUGAGAUCAUCCAGCGAGUCGAGGCGAGCGAGGAUCGGUGGCCUCAGCGCCAAAGCGUUGUUGCUUGCGCCUGCGUGUGCAAAAAAUGGAGAGAGAUCACUAAAGAGAUGGUUAGGUCUCCCGUUAACAGUGGCAAAAUAACUUUUCCCUCGUGCCUUAAGCUGCCAGGUCCACGCGAUUUCCCCAAUCAGUGCCUUAUAAAGAGGAACAAGAAGACAUCAACAUUUUAUCUGUAUCUUUCUCUUUCUCCAUCAAUCACUGACAAGGGAAAGUUUCUUCUAGCGGCAAGGAGGUAUAGGCAUGGUGCUCAUAUUGAAUAUAUAAUAUCACUUGAUGCUGAUGACCUAUCACAAGGAAGUAAUGCUUAUGUUGGCAAGUUAAGUUCGGAUUUUCUGGGAACCAAUUUUACAAUCUAUGACAGCCAACCACCUCACAGUGGUGCAAAGCCCUCUAGUAGCCGAUCUAGUCGCCGGUUUGCAAGCAAGCAAAUUAGUCCCCAAGUUCCAGCAGGCAAUUUUGAGAUUGGACAUGUCUCUUACAAGUUUAACCUUCUAAAAUCAAGAGGUCCAAGAAGAAUGAUUUGCUCGCUUAAAUGCCCAUUAUCGGAAGAAAAUGGUAACGAGAAGAAUAUGAAUGUGGAUGUUUCCAAGAUGAAGAAACUUGACUCUUCUGCUUCUGGUCUUACAAUUUUGCGAAACAAAGCUCCAAGGUGGCAUGAACAUCUGCAGUGCUGGUGCUUGAACUUUCAUGGUCGUGUCACUGUUGCCUCAGUAAAAAACUUCCAACUGGUUGCAACAGUAGACCAAAGCCAGCCAGGAGGAAAAGGUGACGAAGAAACAGUUCUGCUUCAGUUUGGGAAGGUGGGAGAUGAUACGUUCACCAUGGACUAUAGACAGCCGUUAUCAGCCUUCCAGGCAUUUGCAAUCUGCCUUACCAGCUUUGGCACAAAGUUGGCUUGUGAGUAAACACAUUGCUCUUACCUAUGCCUGUUACAGUAAAACAAAAAAGUUGAGUGGACGUUUAAUAUAAUUAUUUGGUUUUACAUCAAUUUCUGUAGUUUGAAUGGUGCUAUUCUGGGGAGGGGAAGAAGAAUAUGAUGUACAUGCGUUUAUCUUAUGAACAUGACGUUUGCCGAAUUUAUUGUUUGUAAACAGAUCAUGCUGUGAGCGUGGUGUGUUUUAGAUCCACAUUCAAGUAUAUAUUUUCAAUUUGUAUA